AUGAACAUUACAAAUAACAACUCCCAAAAAGCGUACUAUAGAAAGGACACCAUUGUCACAUUAGGCGUGAGACAUAGGAGAUUGUUAAUGGAAGAAGCAGAUGAACAUUUUCAACAAAGAUGCCCACCAUUAAAGGGUAAAAUUCAAAAUUUACUAAAAGGAGAUGUUCAAAUAUUUCGACAUCGCUUGGACGAAUUAAAACAGGAUGACUCUUCUCGAAAGGAAUUCAACCCAUUCAUAACUGAUUGUCUAUUUCAAAAAAAAGUUGAAUCAUCAAAGGAGGUAUGUAAUAAAAAAACCUUGGAUACAUUCGAUUCUACAAUCAAUUAUUACGACCCAUUUGAUGCGUUAAAGGGUGAUUAUGACGAGGGCUCUAAAAAAACGCUGGAUGAUUCAAAACGUGAUGAUAGUAGCGAAACAGAAGAAGAAGAGGAAAGGCAAAAGAGUUUCGACUCACUGGAACAUCCCUCUCAAGGAAAAAAAAAAAGUGCGUCAAUAAUGCCUACAUUUUUAAAAGAACUGGAUGACCACUUUGAAUUCGAAAUGUAUUACUUUCUAAAAGGUAUGUCAAAUGCCAAUCCGUAUUUUAUGAAGGGUCAGGGUAAAUUUCAAAAAUUAGCACAUUCUAUGAAAAGAUACAAGUUAUUUCUUCCUCUAUUCGCAAUUCCGUUAGCUUCGUUUGUAUUAAAAAUGACCUACACAAUUGCAAAGGGCAUUCUUCCGUCUUCGUUUUCAUUAUUUGCUUCUUACUCCUCUAUACUCCUUGCGGGCGUAGCUGCCAUAAUGGCAUUAUACUAUCUUUACAAAAUAGUAAAAAUAUACUAUAUAGGUCACGUUUUCAAAAAAUUCAACAAUUCUAUUAUCGGCGUACAGAAUUUACAUCCCAAAAAAGACGUUCUUCUCAUAAGUCUUUAA